GCGAGCGCUUCGCGCGGGGGGCGGGACGUCCCUGGCAUUCCGCCGGGCCUGCAGUGAGCCGAAGAGGCGGCGGCACCAUGUACAGGUUCCUGAGCCGGAGCCUGGGCCGAGGCCUCUUGCGGGCCGCGGAGUGGAGGUGCCGGGGCUGCUCGGCACGCCUGUUCCCAGGGCUGGGCGGAGGCCCGUGGCCGGAGGUGCAGGCGCCACUAUCCCGAGUCGCGCCGCACGGCGGAGGCCCGGGCCUGCUGCCGCUUUUGGCAGCGCUCGCCUGGUUCUCGAGGCCUGCUGCGGCAGAGGAGGAGCAGCAGCAGCAGGGGCCGAACGCGGCCGCCGCCCAGGACGAGGCGGACGAGGUCGAGGCCGAGAUCAUCCAGCUGCUGAAGAGAGCCAAGUUGAGCAUCAUGAAAGAUGAGCCAGAAGAGGCUGAGCUAAUUUUGCAUGACGCUCUUCGUCUUGCCUAUCAGAGCGAUAACAAGAAGGCCAUCACUUACACUUAUGAUUUGAUGGCCAACUUAGCAUUUAUACGGGGUCAGCUUGAAAACGCAGAACAACUUUUUAAAGCAACAAUGAGUUACCUGCUAGGAGGAGGCAUGAAGCAGGAAGACAAUGCAAUAAUUGAAAUCUCCCUAAAGCUGGCUAGUAUCUAUGCUGCUCAGAAUAGGCAGGAAUUUGCUCUUGCUGGCUAUGAAUUCUGCAUUUCAACUCUAGAGGAAAGAAUUGAAAGAGAAAAGGAAUUAGCAGAAGACAUUAUAUCAGGUAGGAAAUCGGAAGAGAAAGCCAAUACCCACCUCCUCUUGGGCAUGUGCUUAGAUGCCUAUGCUCGCUACCUUCUGUUCUCCAAGCAACCGUCACAGGCGCAAAGGAUGUAUGAAAAAGCUCUGCAGAUUUCUGAAGAAAUACAAGGAGAAAGACACCCACAGACCAUUGUGUUGAUGAGUGACCUGGCUACUACUCUGGAUGCACAGGGCCACUUUGAUGAGGCCUACAUUUAUAUGCAGAGGGCAUCAGAUCUGGCAAGACAGAUAAAUCAUCCUGAGCUACAUAUGGUGCUCAGCAAUCUAGCUGCAAUUCUGAUGCACAGAGAACGAUAUACACAAGCAAAAGAGAUCUACCAGGAAGCACUGAAGCAAGCACAGCUGAAAAGAGAUGAGAUUUCUGUACAACACAUCAGGGAAGAGUUGGCUGAGCUAUCAAGAAAAAGUACACCUUUGACUUAAUUUUAUCAAGUUCUAAAUCCAUUCCCGGUUAUAGGAAGAAUAAUUUCUAGUAACCCAGGUGAAUAGCUAUUAUCUUAGUCUCUGUGGCACCCAAAUCAAUGGCUUAAAUCCUUUGUUCUUGAUAUUCAGGUUUCCUCAACUCAGCCUUGGUGAAGGAGAAGUUGUACACACUGCCAUUUCUGUUGUUCAAAGGGAAACAACUUUUUCAGUCCUGAUGGUGACUUUUAUGGACAGCUGUCAAGUGAUGUUUUCAACUGUAACAUAUGAUUAGGUGCUGUCCCUGCUGAUCUAAGCAUAGUACAAGAAAGGCUGAUUUUUCUCUAGGGUGUAGGUGGGGAAUUUCGGCCUGGCAUUUCUGCUGAUUGAUCCGCUGAUUUUGCUGCCCUUGCUGCUCUUACUCUAGCAGUAUCUGGCAGACAGACCAGAACUACCUGUCUCGUGGCAAAGGGGGAUUAUGGUGAGUUGGUUUUUAUUUAUAAUCUAUUUCAUGAACCACAGUAUGAACUUUAAUGCAUAAAGGAAGAAAAAUAAUAUUGUAGCUUGCCACCAGCAUCCAGCAUGGAGUGUUGAAGUGGGAAUUAGACAGUUGAAGGUAUAGCACCCAUUUGAUUAGAAAUGAACCAUAUGUAUCUGGUUACGUACAUAAAAAAUGGGAGUAGGAGAAUGACUGACAUAACCUCUUGCUUAUCAGUGUUCUCUGAGCAUUUGACUUCUUUUGCAACCUUGGUCACACAGCUGAGUCAUCUCAAGUACUGUUUAUACAGGCCACACCCUAAUCCUUCUGACUCAGAAUGGGUUAUCUGUAAGUGUAGUCUUUAAAAACACCCACACCAGCGAAGUAGAACUGCUGACCUCUGUCCUAGUCAUGGCUUUUUGAGUCGGGACUUCAAUAUCCUCAUCUGUAAAAUGAGAGAGAUUCUUUCUUAGCCAUGGGAGAAGGUAUUUGGUCAGGUGACUUCAAAAGAAUAGAUUGCUGUGCUGAAAGAGCUAUAUCACACUGCCUCAAACACAGGUGGACAUUCUUACCUCAGCAGUCUUAUAAAUAACUAGUUUUUCUAAGUACCAUGAAAGAAUACUAACAUUGUUGGUAUGCCUAUUGAGUGGGGUGUGAGUGGGACUGAUAUUUUGGUUUCUGUAUACAUACUGGAAGAAUCUUUUCUCGAUAAACUAGAGACUAUAAAACGAUACUGUAUGUAUGCCAGUAAUCUUUGAGUUUCUCAUAAAAAAUAACUUAUUGAAGCGUUAAUACUAAAACCCUGAGGUAGAAAUCCUCAGAGAUUAGACUAAACUAGAAUUAUGUAUUUUGCAGAUAUAAAUUUUGUAUUAUCUAAGCUUAUAUAUUAAUUAACCACCUAGCUAAUUCCUUUAAUCAAGUUAGAGAAGAGAGAAUAUAUAUCAGAUUGUUUUUCAGAGCAACCUAGUCUUAAUGGUGAUUUUUAAAAAAAAUUAACAUCAACCACUCACCUUAUACAUUGAGAAUGUUUUUACCUUUUCACAAUUGCAGGGGUUACUGAAAGUCAGGUUUUUUACUCCAAGUUUAUUUAUUAAUUUUUAAUCUUCCAGAAUGAUUCAGCUUAUGGUCCCGUUGCUGGAAAACAUGUAAGAAUUUUCCGAAGGACAGACUCUUCUUGUGGGUAUUGCAAAGUUCAUUUGCACCGUUAUAAAACAAGGUAGUGAAGCAAAAGGAUGACUCAAAAGGUCUCAAUUAAAAUUGAAUUUUUCACAACAGGGUAGGUUAAAAUUUAGGUUUUUUUCUCUAGGACUGUUGUAAAACAGCAUAAAAUUUGUUAACUGUACUAUGUCACCAGAGUUUUCAGGUCAUAAAUAUUUUUAAAAUAUAAUCACUCAGCAUACCAAAAUUAAAGCAUUAAGUAAUUUCUAAUCAUCAGCAUUCACUGGAAGCUUGGGCAGCGGAAUACUUCAAUGAGCAAUAUUAGUAAGACCUUAAUUUAGUUCUGGGUGCCAAAAGUAAUGUGCAAAGAUACAGUACCAGAACACUGAAAUCUCAGCCUUCAGAGAGUAUUAUAGGUUUGUAGCUAACUUCACCAGGUUACCAGUGACUCUCAGUGCCAUGUUUACCGUUAUCACGAUAAGAUGAAUUUCCAUAGGUAAAGCCAUGUGAGAAAUUUGUCCUUUCAUUGUUUUGCACUAAAAAAAUGGUAGUGAGAAAGUUUCUUCCCCAGGUGAUGGGAGAUGGAGUAAUAGGCGCAUGCACUGUGAUGAGCAUGGUGAGCGGGUCACAGCAGUUCCCCUCGGGGUCCUCAAGUGGAACUAGGUUCUAAUCUGUCACACUCUCAGAAAUUAUAGUCGACCUUUGAACAAUGUGGGGUGUGGGGCACCAACCCCCACGCAGCCGAAAUCCAUGUGCAACUCUGACUGCCUAAAAACCUUACAAAUAGCCUACUGCUGACCAGAAGCCUUACUGGUAACAUAAACAGUCAAUUAACACACAUUUUGUAUGUUAAAUGUAUUAUACACUAUAUUAGAAUAAAGCUAAAAAAGAGAAAAAUGUUAAGAAAGUCAGUGUUUUUCAUUUAUGUUAAAAUUAUAUGUAUAUGUAUAUAUAUGAUACCAGCUUUGCAAACAGUAGGAACUCUGACCACUAAGCUUGGUCUAAAGUUGAUUUUGAGGACCAUAGGUAUACAAGAAUGGGAACGGUGAUAAGCGUGAAGGCUUUGACUUCAGAUGUGGGGCUUAUGGCCUUUGUCAGUUAUUGAAUGUUAUGAGUAAAGUACUAAACCUGUGUCUUCAUUCAGGAAAUAGGGAUGGGACACCAGAACUACAGGUGACGUGAGGGUCUUGGUCAGUAAAUUGUAGAGGUGCUUUCUUAAGAGGCUUGAGUACUUUUGUUCUAUAAAGUGCAAAUUUUUCAUCUUCCUGAAAGACUUCUAUUUCUCCCCUUUCCAGUUUUCAGUGGCGUUCUUCCCAAACUGUUAGUUCUAUGUGCUAUGGAAAGAUGCUUAAAUGCUGUGAUUAAAUUGUAUGAAAGAAAUCUAAAGGUUCAGCAAGCGAUU